CCCCAAGCGGUUUCAUGAGCUGGGUCCCGCCGGGAGACAAGGCCUGUCACCACGUCUGGGCUCUGCUGGGCCACUCAGCCCCUCCACGGCUGAUUGACUCAGGGACAGAUGGGUGGCUUUCCCACACUGCCUAAAGCCCCUGUGAGUGUCAGCAAGUUCUUCUUUGUUUUCUGUUCUUUCUGUGAGCUAAUGAGCGUUGUCUGAUUUUUCUUUCUCCUUUUAUUUUUUUUUCCUGAGUGUAUUUUGGCCUGUCUGCAAUUGCCCUAGCUGUUAAGGAGGAGAAUUCCUGUUUUCCUGAGCGAGGUUUGGGCAGCAGAGCUGGCUUUGCAGAGCUGGGUGAUGCUGCUCUGCUUGUUUACAGUGCAUGGGAAAACUGUGUGUUUUGCUGCUGGUCACGCCAGGAUUUGGGGUCGUUUUGUGCUGUUUCCCUUCGGUUUGUCUUUUCCCUCUGGCUUCUCCCACAGGCUCGUGAGGAUUUUGCCCUCCUUCUGUGGCUGUGCUGCUUGUGCUGCUUGGUGCCUUCUGGCUUUUGGCUGGUGGCACAUCUGCUCACCUUGCUGACGAGUUCCGUGGUUCCUGGUAUUAAAGGCAACUUGAUGAGGAGUGAGGCUGGACCUGCUGCGGGGUGACGGGGCUGUGCAGUGCGGGGAGCUCCUCGGGAUGCUGUAGCCAUCAGACCGCCCUCGGCUCCACCCGGGAAAGGCACACAGCAGGAAGGAGCUGGAUCUGCAAACCUGGAAACCCUCUGAGCUGGAAAAAGCCUGGGUUUAGUCCUGCAGAGCAGCGGCUGCCGUGGGGCUCUGUGUGUGCUGGUUCGUUUUCACCCCGUGUCCUCUUGAAGUGACGGGCUCAGAGUGAGACCCCUCCCCAGCCAUCUGUAAGUAAUAAUGAGGGCCUUGAUUUCCAACUGCGUUUUUGACCUGGCGGCCCUGGGCCUCUGCCGGCUCUUGGCGUGACGGGGGCGGAGGAGCGGGACGGGCCAGAGCGCGCCAUGGCCGAGAAGUGCGACUGCAUGGCCAGCAUGUACGGCUACGACCUGGGCUGCCGCUUCGUCAACUUCCGCCCGCUGGGCUUCGGGGCCAACGGGCUGGUGCUGUCGGCCCUGGACAGCCGCAGCUGCCGCAAGGUGGCCGUGAAGAAGCUGACGCUGGGCGACGCGCGCAGCAUGAAGCACGCCUUCCGCGAGAUCAAGAUCAUCCGCCGCCUCGACCACGAGAACAUCGUCAAGGUCUACGAGGUGCUGGGCCCCAAGGGCGCCAACCUGCGCGGCGACUUCUUCAAGUUCAACAUGGUGUACAUCGUGCAGGAGUACAUGGAGACGGACCUGGCGCGGCUGCUGGAGCAGGGCAAGCUGGCCGAGGAGCACGCCAAGCUCUUCAUGUACCAGCUGCUGCGCGGGCUCAAGUACAUCCACUCCGCCAACGUCCUGCACCGUGACCUCAAGCCGGCCAACAUCUUCAUCAGCACGGAGGACCUGGUGCUGAAGAUCGGUGACUUCGGCCUGGCCAGGAUCGUGGAUCAGCACUACUCGCACAAGGGUUACCUGUCCGAAGGCUUGGUGACGAAGUGGUACCGCUCCCCCCGUCUCCUCCUGUCGCCCAACAACUACACCAAAGCCAUUGACAUGUGGGCAGCGGGCUGCAUCCUGGCCGAGAUGCUGACUGGGAGGAUGCUCUUUGCCGGGGGCCACGAGCUGGAGCAGAUGCAGCUGAUCCUGGAGACAAUCCCUGUGAUCCACCAGGAGGACAAGGAGGAGCUGCUGAAGGUGAUGCCCAUGUUCAUCAACAGCACCUGGGAGGUGCGGAAGCCGCUGCGCAAGCUGCUGCCCGAGGUGGACAGCGAAGCUAUUGAUUUUCUGGAGAAAAUACUGACGUUUAACCCCAUGGAUCGCUUAACGGCCGAGAUGGGGCUGCAGCACCCCUACAUGAGCCCCUACUCCUGCCCCGAGGACGAGCCGGUGUCCCAGCACCCGUUCCGCAUCGAGGACGAGAUCGAUGACAUCCUGCUGAUGGAAGCCAACCAGAGCCAGAUGUCCAACUGGGACAGGUACCACAUCAGCCUCUCCUCCGACCUGGACUGGAGGCACGACAAGCAGCACGAGAUGGACGAGGUCCAGCGCGACCCCCGCGCCGGCUCCGAGCCCACCGCGGAGGAAGCGCAGGUCGACCCGCGGAAAUACUCGCAGAGCAGCUCGGAGAGGUUCUUGGAGCUGUCCCACUCCUCCAUGGACCGAGUCUUUGACGCCGACUGCGGGAAAUCGUGUGAUUACAAAGUGGGAUCACCCUCCUACUUGGACAAAUUGCUGUGGAGGGACAGCAAGCCCCACCACUACUCAGAGCCCAAGCUAAUCUUGGAUUUAUCCCACUGGAAAAGGGCCACCAUCGCCCCUCCCGCUGAGCUGUCGCUGGAGGAGGAGCCAUCCAACCUCUUUCUGGAGAUUGCCCAGUGGGUGAAGAGCACGCAGGUGGGGCUGGAGUGCCCCGGCUCUCUCCCGGAGAUGCAGGAGCGCAGCCUGCCCUCCUCUCCUCACCGCCUCCACCAGGAGCCCGCCCAGGUGAGCAGCGAGACCGACCCCGAGUUUGACUUGGACGUCUUCAUCUCCAGGGCGCUGAAACUUUGCACAAAACCCGAGGAUCUUCCAGACAACAAGCUCAACGAGAUCAACGGGGCCUGCAUCUCCGAGCACCCCGGGGACAUGGUGCAGGCAGAGGCGUUCCAGAAGGAGCGGUGGUGAGGAACCCGCGCCCCGCAGCCCUGCCGCUCCUCCCUCUUCCUCUGGGGUGGUGCGGCCGCUGCCCGGGGCCGAGCGGCUUCCCAGUGCCACCGAGCAUCCCCUUCUCACGCUGUACCAAAUGCCUUUCUCAGGAAAGGCCAGCACAAACCGCACGCCCCUUUUGAUGCCUUAGAAGUGCUUCUAAGGGGAUCGAGAGGUGCGAGUGGAAUACCGAGUUUCUUACACUGCCUUAACAACCUUGCCUUGUGAUCUCUGGGACCUGUUUGAAACUUAAAAUGUACGAGGGGAAAAAUGACUGUACAUGGUAGGUUUGCAAACAGCAGUCGAAUCGGCUUCCUUUCCUUUUCUAUAGCAACUUGAAACGACAAGGACAAAAUUAGCAUUUUCAGUACGGUCAGACACCCUCCUGGUUGGACAGGCUCCCAAAACGCCGAGUUUUGAGCCCCUCUGAGGCGCCUGUGUGAGCACAGGUGUGGAACGAAGUGAUGCCAGCCACCAGCCAGCAGAGAACGGAACCAGAGGCAGAGUUCGGCCAUCAGACAGAAAAACAACCCUCUGAGAAUGUUAAUGGGGAAGAAAUUUGACCUACAGUGUGCCGUUGGGGAUUUGUUUUAUUUUUUUCUGAAGACAAGACAAAAUUUUUGCUAAGUGCAUUUUGCUGGUUCGUGGUUUCUCACGCCAAAAUCUUCCCUUCUGUUGCACGGGGUGCAGCAGGGGAUGCACGGGGAUCUGAGCUUUCCGAGCACUUAGGAGGGCCCACGUGAUGCGUGUCAGUGUGACAGCCUGGUGCUGCGAGUCCUGCCCCGGACAGGCGAGGAGGAGGACGGGCGCUGAGAGCGGGGAGCGGUGUGUCCCGCGCCGCGAUGCUGCCCGGCACCGCCCGCCACACGGACUCAGCCAGGGCACCGCUGCUGGAAAAGGGAACCAAACUGCUCCUGGUUUCCCUUCUGACAAAGAUCUCGUGGAGAGAACAACAGUUCCCGUGGCACUAGGUUCAAAACUGGCCGCUUUGCUCCCAGCUCCCGCGGAGGACGCUGGUGUCAGCGGGAAACUGCAUGUAAAUAGACGAAGACGCAACUGAUCUACUGUAACUUCUGUUUCCAGCCACACUUCUGAGCACCUUAAUAAUCAACCGGCUAACGAGAGUUUGUAUAUGGAAGAAAUGUUCUAUACUUAUAUUCAAUGCAACUCGGCAGCUUUUUAACGGGAGGUCUGUAAAUAGUGCCAUACGAGACAGUCUCUGCUUUCCUCGCCAUCCUGCCGCGCGCCGUCCGGCACAGCGGCGCCGCUUGCAUUUGUAAAAGAGAAACUGCUGUAUUUAGUGCUGCAAGGCCCACAUUCAACUACUGCCAUAUGAAUUAUUUCCACCCUUUUAACAAGCUAAAUGCUCUGAGAUGUGAAGAGGACUCGCGUGAGGCUCACAUAACUAACAGCGGAGUUUGCUGUGCUAGGCCUGGUUUCUGUUCUUGCUGGGACCUGGGAGCAGGCCUCGACAAGCCCAAAAACGCGUUCUUACUGUGAAGAUCUCACACCAGGGUGAUGGAAACGCCACUGCUCCAGCUGAAGAGCGGCGCUGGCGUGAGGCUGCGCGGGUGGGACAGCGUGCAAGUCCAGGUGCAGGGGUGGAGAAGGCGUUUGGAAGGCCAAGCUGACGAAGAAGGCCUCGGAAGGGCAAAGCCAUUUGUCUCCUUUGCUUUGAGCGUUUGGACGUCCCCCAGAGCUGUUUAGAAAGGGGAAAUGAGAUGGAAGCGGAGGUUUGGUUCCUGGCGUGUUGCAGAUGAUUGAUAUACCUCAGCGAAAGCUCAGCACUUUGACUGGUGGCGGGAAAGGAGCCGGCCCUGCGCCUGCUGGAGCAGAUCCAGCCGGCCCGCGGCUCAGUGUCCCGCUCAGCCUCG